UGUAAAGUUUUGAUUUUAUUUUGAAUUUUUAUCGUCUCGUAACCCGGUUUUACGUAUUUGGAACUACGUUGUGUGGAUUUCAAAGUGCAUAUUAAUUGUAUGUUUCGUAAUAAAUAAGUGUUGGAUUGCGAAAUGUUUUGCCCUAUUUGUGGUAUUUUGUUUAUGUUCUACAACUCGCGGCAUUGGCAUGACAGUGGAGGAGGUGGCUGGGCUGCCGACAUGCAAGUAUACACAGAGAGUCCACGAGCUCAACCUGCCGGAAGAUGACCUGGCCUUUUUGAAGAUGCUGAGGCGUAGAAUCAAGAAUAGACUGGCAUCGCAAAACAGCCGACGACGUAGCGUGGAACACCUACGUCAGCUAGCGCGCGAGCUGCGUGCGGUGCGCGCUUGCCGGACCGACGCGCUCAGCGAGCGACGCUCCUUGGUGCACACGAGGACUGAGCUGAGGAACAGCUUCGCCAAGCUACGGAGCCACGUCACAAAGGUCCUCCAAGAUCGAUCAGACCCGACAACCGUGCCAGACAUGGAACCAGAAAGACUACACGAAUCUCACAACCACAAUCACAACCAGAACCAUAACAACAACCAGAACCACAACCAUAACCAGAACCAUAUGAAGACCGCAACGCCUAAACCUAUAGACAGACAAAUAGACAAGAACAUAUUUGACAACCAAUUAGAAAAGAAUGUCUUCGAAUGCCGAAUAGAUAAAUUGGUUCAGCAAAGCGUUACCCAUAUGUUUAAGGAUAAGGAGAAAAGGAUCUGCGCCAAGACGGUCUUCAUCGACAAAGUGGGCGACGUGCAGAGGAGGGAGGGCGCGGACGGAGUGCUCAAUCUGUGCGUCAAAGAGAGGAGGUCGCACGGACGGAAACAGCCCGCGCCGCGCCGGAUCGCGUACUACGAGCACUCUGAGGAUGUCGUCCUGGAUUUAAAAAUAAAAAAGGAGAGCCAGUGACAUCGGUGGAAGAUGAAAGGACAGACGGACAAAAUGUUCAGUCUGUUUUAUAGCCAUUACGUUUUUUAUACGUACAGACCAAAUAAAGAUUUUUUAUAUUAUUAUAUAUCUCGCGUAGCUAAAAAGUUAAGCCAGUAUUUUUUUUUAAUAUAGACAGGCAACAGAAUAAUCAAACAUAUCUACUAAUAACUUAUUGGUCAAAUUCAAGGCAACCAAUCGCAAAAAUAUAAAAAAAAAUACUGAAAAACGGUUUUUUUUUUUGCAAAAAUCUUGUAAAGAUUCAUGAUUCAAUCAUAAUACAUUAUGUUAACUUUUUUGUUUACUCUUUUAAAAAAAGUUAAACUUAAAAUAUUUAUUAAAAAUAUUUUGAUUAUUUUUUGUUUUCGACUGUUUUUUCUACGCGAGGUAUUCUAUGAAAAUGAUAUUUUAAGUAAAAUAGUAUAUAACUAUAUAGAAAAAAUCGAAAAACCUAUUAUAUACACCAUUUAUACCUACAUUAUAGAAAACAGAUACAAUUGAAAAUUUAUAUUAAAAAUAUGUUAAAAAAACAAGCUUUCAUAUAAUUAUUACAAACGCCCGCGACUUCGUAUGCAAAAAAAAUCUUUUUAACAAAAAAUUCAACCAACUUCAAAAUCACAAAAACAAACGAAAAAGCAAAAAAUAACAUCGUAUGUGCUACCUUCUGAUAACUUUGAAGGUGGUUUGAUAGUGAACGUAAGCGCCACAGUAUGGACAAUUUCCUUAUUCUCAUUUUAACACAAAAUUACUUUACCGAUUUUCAUGAAAAUCAAACGGGGCUAAUCUGGAAUCCAACAAAUAAAGAUUUUUCUUAAUUGGUUAAGAAAUGACGAAUGCAUGAGGUAACUAACAUAAAAAACACGUGUCAAAUGACCCGAUGAGAUGAUGACCCGAGAGAAGAUGAAAACCCCCUUUUUUUGAAGUCGGGUAAAAAUCUAUGUAAAAGAAAUGUUCCAUGUCCUUAUAUGGAGGCUGGGCCUUUAUUCGAAAUGUCAAGCAAGCAGCUUCAAAUUGUUUUCAACUUAAAAAACAUAAAAUAUAGUCAUUAAAAAUAUAUAUAUAUAUAUAUAUUUUUUUUUUUUUGAUACCACCAAAUUUUUUUUAUUAAUAAAAUAAAACAUUUAUUUUUUGUGAGCUGGCAAUAUUAAAUGAAAGCUUGUUAAAAAUAUAUACGUAUGUUGUAUAUAUUUAUUAAAAAUCGUAUACGGAUAUUGAAAAUAUUACGUAAUAUAAAUGCCCAUUGUGCUUUGAAAAAGUAAUUUUUUUGUUUGUUUUUGAUUAUGCGGUUAUUUUUUACGCCAUUUUCGUGUAAAGUAACCGAAUUAUUUUAUGGGUUAUUAUUAUUUUGUAUUGAAAGCCUGUAAUAGUCAGUCAAUAUCCACAUUUAAUAAAAGCUUGAAUUUUUUCAAUAGGGAUGAUGACAGUUUUUUUUAAUAGGGAUGAUGACAGUUUUUUAAAUUGUAUAUAAAUUAAGAGUACGCUAAUAGUAAAGCAAUUUUGUAAAAGUAACAGGGUAUCUGCGAUCAUUACUUUCGGAGCUACAGGGAUUUAAAGGGUCAAUUUUGCGACGCUGUUGCGGAUCCCUGAAAAACGCUCCAAACAAAAUGCCACUCACAAAUAACGUGGUCGCUUAAUAAGAUCGUAUAUUUGUAUGGGCGUUCAAACAAAAAUUCCAAAUAUCUUUUUUUGGCGUAUACGGUUAUAGGUACUUUAUACAUUGAAAAAUGUUUGUUUUUUAUCUAAUUACGUUAAAGAUCAUAUAGAUCAGAUAGUCAUCAUCCCUAUUCGCCCAGUAGUUUAGGAAUCCUUAAGCCACAAACACAGAAUAAAGAAUGAUCCAGAAUGAGUCGUUACAAGCAGCGUGUUGAAGCCGGUGAAACUCAUAAAAACAAAUAAACGUCACGCGUUUUUAACAUUCGCAUAUCUUAAUUUGUAUUUCAAAAUUUAACACUGACAGCAAUUACGUAAAUUAAUAUAAUAAUCAAUAAUUACCAAUAAAAAAAACUCAAUCUUAUUUCUUUAGUUUUUGUGAAAAGUUUUGAAAAAUAUAUAAAAAACAAGACGCCAUUGUUCUUGAAUAAUAAUGAAAAUUAUGAAUGCGAUGCUUCUUGUCGUACUGACUCGAGAAUGUAUUCGUUUAUGACUUUUGUAUUUGGAACGGUUAUGACACCACACUCUAUCUGCCUAUUAUUCUCUAAUCUGUGGCUACAAAAAAAUCUUUGCUAUUAGUGUAAGGUGUGGCCAUGACAGGCUUUUCGAUCACUUUUUUUUUCAUCUUUUCGAUCACUAAUUAAUUUGUCAUGUUUUACCUUAGGAUAUGAUAUUAUUAUUAAAAAAAUUAACAAGAACUGUUAGGUUAGUUGUCCUAUUAAAUGUAAUUAUGUUAUUCUAUUACCAAUUAUUUCUCAUAUGAUAUUGUUACUAUAAAAAUUAUCGAAUUUUGUCAUUUACUAAAUGUUAAGUCUAAUUUUUAACCCCCGACGCAAAAUAGGGGUGUUAUAAGUUUGAAAUAAUAUAAAUUUAAAAAAUUUAAAAUAUAGCUUAUAAUACUUCCAUAAUUCAGUUUAAACACUGUUUACAAAAGAGGCAAGUAGCCUAUUACAUUAUAUAUUCACACACUUAUCAAUCAUAUAAAUGUGAUGUAUAAAGCAUUAUUCAUUAAUCCCUGACGCAAAAAGGGUGUUAUAUGUAAGUGUAUGUCUGUGUCACCAUAGCUCACGAACGGAUGAAGCUAUUUUGAUUUAGUUUGUUUUGUAUGAAUGGUGACUUAUUUACGAGUGUUCUUGGACAUGUUUGAUGAAAAUCGGUUGAGCCGUUUUAAAGUUGUGGGGAGUGAAAGUGGGGAAGAAUAACCGAAUGUGCGAAUAUACUCGAGUGGGGUCUCAAAUGAAAACGCACUGAAAGAGAAUAUUGAUGACUUAUUUAUUUAUUUUAUUUUAUUUAUUUAUUAUUCAAAAAACAACACAUUGAAAUUAAGCCUAACCAUAGUGCAACACAAACCACAGUUAGUUUUACUGUGCACUGGUUAUUAUUGCAUAAUACAAUAUUUAGUAACAAACAGAACAUUAUUAACAAACAGAAGAGGAUAAAUAAACAGAUUAACAAACAGAAGAGGAUAAAUACCAAGAAUAAUCAUUAUAGGGUACUUAAAUAAAAGUGUGAGUGAACUUGAUCGAGAGUAAUUAAUAAUUUCAUGACCUUCGAGGGUUUUUUUCAUCCAAUAUAUCUAAAACACUCGCACAUAAGUCACCUUACAUGCUAAAAAAACUAAAUUGAAAUCGCUUCAUCCGUUGAGGAGCUAUGGUGCCAUAGACAGACUGACACGUCAAACUUAUAACACCUCUCUUUUUGCGUCAGGGGUCAAUGAAUAAUGCUUUAUACAUCACAUUUCUAUGAUUGAUAAGUAUGUGAAUAUUAUAAUGUAAUAAAUAAAUUAAUUAAACAAAUAAAAAAACCCAACUGCAUAAAGUAUAAAAAACUGAAAAGAAAAAAAACAAGCUCAGUCCAGAAGUGAAGAAAGCGAUUAGAAAACAACCUAUUAAAUAAUGUAGAAAUCAAUCUAUCCAAUAUCUAAGGUCCCGACUGUUUUCUACACCUUUGUUUUUCGUGCGCUCUAUCUGCCUUUUAUUCUUUAAUCUGUGAAUUUUACUUACAAUUUUAAUACAAUUGUGGUGACUGAAUAUCCAUACUAAAAUUGUAUGUUUGUCUGAUAACUUUCACGCCUAAACUGCUGGACCGAUUUAGAUGAACUUUGAUAUAGUUAUAAAUGGAAUCUUGAAGCAGACUACUGGACUACUCUAAUAGGUCAUACCUUCAUACAAAAAUCUUCGAACCCUUUCAAAUCAAAUCUAAUCAAAAAUCAUUUAUUUUAAGUAGUCUCAGUUUACAAGCACUUUUGACACGUCAGUUGACUAUUUGUAAAGAUUCUACCACCGGUUCGGAAGGCAGGUUCUGCUGAGAAGAUACCGGCAAGAAACUCAACAGUUGCUCUUUUGAAAAAGUCAUACAGUAUUAUAAUUUACAAUUGAUAACAAUUACAAUUUCUUAUAGUUUUAUUUCCUGUGUGAAGGUGGAAGCUGAUCCAAUGGCCUCCAAGCGCUUUUAUCUUUAAUUAAUAAUACAGUCGAUAUACUUUCUUUCUACUACUAGUAAAUGACUUAAGACGACUUGUAAAUUUAAAAUAAGUUUCAGUGGCACGCACUCCAUCUAAGCAUAAACGCAGUGCCUGCCCUCUGAGAUUUGUUACUGGCAAUUUUUAUGUAUAAAAGUAUCUCGUGUUAACUGCAUACCAGGAUCAAAAUUCCCGUGCGCGCCACUGUUGUAUAUAACCUAUAAACGAAAGAAAACUAUAUAAAAAAGCACCAAAAUAGCUUGUAAGUGUAAUGUAAUUUGUUAUGUCCAUUAAUAUUGUUAUAUAUAAGUAGUUAUUUGUCAUUGGAACGAUUUAUUGAAGAAUUUUACAAAGAAAAAUAAUCACAAAGAGCAUUGUAACCGUUUUUCAUAUUGUUUUGUCCGCCAUUUUGUUUCAAUCAACUAUGUAUAGACGUAAUGAUAUAAUCAUUGCAUAGACGUAAUAAAAAGUCCAGACACCGUCUCAUAAACUAAACUGUGAUCCACUCACUGACUUCUUAUAAUAAAAGGACGCACAAUCAUGUAGAAAAUUUCACUUGAAAACUGGCCAAUUUUACUUUGACAAUUUUAGAAUUAUUGGUAAAGAAAAUUUUACCUAAAGGUCUAUAAAUAUAGUCCAAUAUUAAAUAAAAUUCCAAAUUCAGAGCAAAUUCAACCUUAAAGAUUGAGUUUAAUGUUGAAUUUGCAAAUGCGACUAUUUGAAUUGAGAGCCAAGGAGUUGUGUUUGGCACUCAUUGAGUGGGGGCGUUUUUUGGUCGCUGAUUGUGCAUCCACUUUUUAAUAGGAGAUCGAUGGACGCACCCCAAUAAUGCCAGUUCGCAUAUACGCGCCGGCACAAUGAGUCACAUAUGAAGACAGAGAUUAAUCUAUACUAAUAUUAAAAAGCUGAAGAGUUUGUUUGUUUGUUUGAUUGAUUGAACGCGCUAAUCUCAGGAUCUACUGGUCCGAUUUGAAAAAUUCUUUCAGUGUUAGAUAGUCCAUUUAUCGAGGAAGACUAUAUAUUAUCCCCGUAUUCCUACGGGAACGGGAACCACGCGGGUGAAACCGCGCGGCGUCAGCUAGUUUCUUAUAUCUGGCAAUACACUUCACACUCACACAUGUACUCGGCGCCAUGGUGCUUCUGUUGAUUGACAGGGAGAUACCGUCUGCUUAUUUUAUUAGUCUAUGGUUAUAUGCCUGUUGUUAAUUAUGUAUGUACGAUUUAUAACAUGAAAAUGUACGUUUUUACGUACAUCUAACAUGGUUAUUCAACUUAUUGUUACUUUUUAACUUAUAAAAAUAUAUAAGUAUAUCAAAAUGUCGGGCAAAACGGUUAUAUUGAAUUGUUUGAGUAUAAAAUCUACCUGUUAGACUUAGAGCAUAGAUAUAUAAAAACAUAGAUGUGACUUCAUUUAUUAGGGCGAUUACUUGUCAUCGGGUGAGAUACCAACAAUGUUUGCUGGGUCGGCUAGUGAAUUAAUAUCCGAUAGCUAAUUUGAUACUACAAAUAUUUUUAUUUCUCACCACAGAAUAAAGAAUGAUCCAGAAAGAGUCUUUACAAGCAGCGUGGUGAAGUCUAUAAAAACGUCACGUGUCGUUGACAUCCGCUUAAACAAACUUUUUUCAUAAUUUGUAUUUCAAAAUUUAACACUAUCAACAAUUACGUAAAUUAAUAUAAUAAUCAAUAAUUUCCUAUAAAAAAUACUCUAUCUUAUUUCGUUAGUUUUUUAAUUUUGUAUUCGGAAUGGCUACGACACCGUCGUGUUACGCUCUAUCUGCCUAUUAUUCUUUAAUCUGUGUCUCACAUACAGUACAUUUUACUAUUGAGAAUGUAUGCUUAGAUUCAUAUAUAAAUAACUUCUCAUGCCAUUUAAUUUAAGUUUGAUGUUACAUCUAGUAUUUAUAUAUCAAUGUGAUAAAUACAAGUAAAUUUGUAAAUCUUUAUAUGUGAUGUUGACCUAAUAUAAAUUACUUUAGUUACCUAAUAAGGGGCCUAAUUGUCUAACGCAAACGAUUGAAUUUGACAAUUGAAAUCGUACGUUUUUACUUGUCAAACGGCUAUUUCGGAUUGUGUAAGCCAAUGGAAAGCCAUCGGUUGGGCAUAGUUUGUUCAUUACGAUUAGAUCGUUAUUUUUAUACGAAGAGUGAAUGAUUUGUUAAGAUUUGACAGUUAUUUGCGAUUGUCUUCGAAUUGUGUAAAGUUUUAUGGUCAUGGCUUAUGUCAAAAACUUACGAUGGGUCUUGAGUCACCUUUGAUCGUAAAACGGACAAAUUGUGGAUGUCCAAAAUUCCAAAAUAAUAAUUUAUAUUUUGUUAAAUAUCUAAAAUUAAUAUUUUUUUCCAUUCUAAAUCUCUCAAUUCAGUUUCCCCGUCCUCAGUUAGCAUUUUUAGGACGAAACUUUGCGAAGUGUUUUGUUUGUAAACAAUGAACUCUGUUAAAAAGAGUAAUAAAUAAUAUAUUCUUUGCAAUGAACCUAUAAAGUCAAAACAAUGAAGUUAAUUGAGUGCUAUUAAUCGAUUUAUAUAGGAUGCUGAGACUUGGGCUCUGAGAGAAAGUGAGAAAAAGAAUAUACACGCUCUAGAAAUAUGACACAGUCUCACUCCUCCAAGAACUGGGGAUCAAACAGCAUCUUUCUUCCAGCAUCCAAUGUCUUCUUACACAAUCUUUCUUUGGACGUACCAGAGAAAGAGACGAUAAGUCCAUAGAGCGACAUAAACUCAAUACCUACGAUAUUUAAUACCAUACCAUGUUUUAGAUUUCUGCGACAUCUUGCAUGUUGUUGUAUCCAAUGUGUUGGGAUCUGUGUUCCAGGGCUUAUGUGUGUGGUUUAGUUAAGUUUGCUGGUUAUUAAGCAAAAAUUAAUCGAAUUUCAUUUUUAAAAUUAUGAUUAUGGUGAACGAACUCUUUCGUCAUCGCUCAUAGGUACAUUUACAUUUUCCAUUGGUGCAUGCCCACCCUAGGAAUCCUAGGAUUCUGAGCUACCGAAUAGGAAUAGGAAAUAAUAGUAGAUAAGCCAAUGGGUGGGAUUAGAAUAGGAUAGGAAUAGGGAAUGAGUCAAAGCGAAGCUUGUCUGUCUGCUAUAUUAUCUUAGUACACAAACUACACUUACAUUGAGACUAAAUGUUGAUGUGUGUAUUUUAUAAUAUGCUCAAUAUUAACAAUUUUGCUUUACAGGAUAUUUGGAAUAUGCCCUAUAACUGCAGACUCCAAUAUUACAAAAAGCACAUGCAAUACAAUAGAAUAACAUAUUGGUGUGCUGAAGAAAAGAUGGCAAAGGCUUUUAGCUGAUAGGACAUUGUACUGAUGACCCUGUUAUCUGGUCAAAUCAUAAAUGUGUGUGUGUAUUAUCAAAAUAUUUGCAUAGAUUGUGAAAUGCUGAUGAUAUUUGAUUUGGUCUUUGAUAUUUGAAAAUAAAAGAAUACUUACUUUGCUGAGUUUGUUUUUUGUAGUCUUUUCCAAAACUAAAGCUUUCAGUUUAACAUUUUACUAUUAAUAUUUUUUUUUACCAUUACAAUAAUUAAAUAAAUUAUUCAAAAAAGUGUAGUUGUAAAAAAUACAUUUAUAAUACCUGUGUAUGUUCACCCCCUGCAGUUUCACCCACAUAAUUCCUGUUCCCGUGGGAAGGAAUACAUGGCCUAUAAUACUCAAAUGUGGAUUUUUAUUGGUAAAAUAAUCUUCAACAUUGGUUCAGUAGGUCCAGUGUUUACCCCUACAAUCUCACAAACUGUAUCUUUUUAUUACAGUAUCUUGACUACUAGUAUUCUAAGAAUUAUGAAAAUGACACCUCUGAGGGUGAAAUAGGGGUUGGAAGUUUAUAAAAAAAAGAUUUUUUAAGUUUAUUUAUUAUAAUAAUAAUAAAUACAGUAAACAUAGACUUUCAGUUAGACAUUUUUUAAACCCUGAAACCACAAAGCUUAAAAAUAAUCAAAUAUAUACUUCUCAUCCAAACAGUCAGCCUGUACAGUACUUGCAGACACUGUUUUGAUGAUUAGUAUAUUUUCUUAAAUCAGAAAAACGAGUCAUCAUCAUGGAUCAGUCAUCAAUCAUGGAUUCAGCCCUGCCCACUGUACUUGACAACAUAUUGGCCAUACUUAAAUGUUAAAGCAUGUUUAUUUU